AUGCAACGCCUUUCGGCAACAGCCGACUUUGACGCCAUCUUUCAGGCGUUCCAGGAAGAUGGCGGAGUGAUCAUCAAAGGACUUCUAAGCCCAUCCGAGGUCGCAAGUUUCAAUCGCGAAAUCCAACCUGCAAUGGACAAGCUCUAUACCAGAACAAUCCAGAAUGAUGAUAAAGCCGUGAAAAUAAUGGGUGACAACCGAACAAAACGAUUUAACAACGCGGUCUGCGAGAGCGAAACAUUCCGGCGGACGAUCAUAGAGAAAGAUCUCGUGCAUAAAAUGUCCGACGCGGCCUUGAACCAGCACAGUGGAACAGGGUACUGGUUGAGCAGUACACAGGUGAUCGAGCUCGAGCCGGGUGCUCCGGCUCAAUUUCUCCACCGGGACCAGGAGAUGAUCAGAUUCUGGAAUUCCCUGGGCCCUUCCGCACCGGAGGCCAUGAUGAAUUGCUUUGUCGCUCUGACUCCUUUUACAGAGGCCAACGGCGCGACACGCCUUGUCCUAGGAAGCCACCGAUGGCCGAAGUUUGUUGGGUGUAGAGAACCCGGCUUCGAAGGCUACGAAGGAGUGGAAUCAGUACCUCUCGAAAUGGACACUGGUGACUGUUUUUUCAUGUCGGCGAAGUUACUCCACGGGGGUGGCCACAACUCAACUACCACGGAAAAACGCCGUGGGCUGUCCAUUACGUUAAUUCGUCAUGACUUGACACCAUAUCAAGCAUAUGCUGUAACAACCCCACUUGAUAUUGUCGCUUCUUUGUCCUUUAGGGCCCAGGGCCUGUAUGGAUUCCGCAGUCCCCAUUGGGCUGAAGACAACUGGUGUUACAGCUCGUGGGCAGCCGACGAGGUUGAUGUUGGAACGCGUCUCGGCCUUCCGACGAAUGGUUACAAAAAUUAA